ACUGGGUCUUGGGGUACAAAGCUGUGUAAUGGGGGUCAGUUGCUCCUCCAUCCUGUCUCUCUCUCUGCCCCCCCUUACCUGUCUGCCUAUAGGCCCCAAAGCCCCAAGAGCUACAGGCCCUGCUGUACCCAGCUUCGGCCCUGGGAAGGCUUCCAGGGUGACCCAGGGCCUUGGAGACAGCAGGUGCGGCUCUCCCUCCCCUUCCACAGCUGUGGGGGGUAGGAGGGGGGAGUCUCCUGUCUACAAGGGCGGGACCUUGGCCUGCAUCUGAGUGCCAGCAGGGCAGAGGCGGGGCUCUGGGGGUAGAGUGAGGGUUUUUAAGGCUCCCCAAGGAGGAGACACCUCAGCUCCUUGCUCACCACCUGCUGCUCCUGGACAGCUGUCACCAUGUGGUUCCUGGUCCUGGCCCUGGCCCUGGCCCUGGCCCUGGGAGGGAUUGGUGCGGCACCUCCCAUCCAGUCCAGGGUCGUAGGAGGCCAGGACUGUGAGAAGAAUUCCCAACCCUGGCAGGUGGCGGUGUACUACUAUACCAAAUACCAGUGCGGGGGCACCCUGAUAGACCCCGAGUGGGUGCUCACAGCUGCCCACUGCUACAACAAGGAGUAUCAGGUCUGGCUGGGUCGCAGCAACCUGUUUGAGGAUGAGCCCUCUGGUCAGCACAGACUUGUCAGUCAAAGCUUCCUACACCCCAAGUUCAACCUUAGCCUCCUCAAGAAUGACAAACCCUACCCAGACGAUGAUUACAGCUAUGACCUGAUGCUACUGCGCCUGGCCAAAGCCGCCCAAAUCACAGAUGCCGUCCAGGUCCUCCACCUGCCCACCGAGGAGCCCAGGCUGGGGAGCACAUGCCUCACCUCAGGCUGGGGCAGCACCGAUCCCUCCAACUACCAGUACCCAGACGAUCUACAGUGUGUGGACCUGGAGCUCCUGCCCAAUGAAUAUUGUGUCACUGCCCACCUCCAGAAGGUCACGGAUGUCAUGCUGUGUGCUGGGCGCAUGGAAGGGGGCAAAGACACCUGUGCGGGCGACUCCGGGGGCCCACUGAUCUGCGAUGGUAUGUUCCAAGGUAUCACAUCAUGGGGUCACCCCGAUUGUGGAUACCCUAAGAAGCCCGCCAUCUACACCAAACUUAUAAAGUUUAAGGACUGGAUAACAGCCACGAUGAAGAGCAAUUCCUGAAUCCCACUCUGGCCCCUGC